GUUCUCGCGAUUCAUGUCUCCUUCACCGGCAGCAUACGAGAGUUGGACGAGAGAGGAUCUCAUCGCUCGUCUAGUAAGGCUAGACUCGCAUCCACCCUCCAGGCACACGAAACGCCAUCAGCAGCAUCAACAGCCGAACUCGUUUGAUUUCUCUGCCCAUCCUCGUCGCAAAAUCGCGCUCAAGUUCAGCUACAAUGGGUCUCAAUACGCCGGUCUGGAAUUUCAGAAAGAUAUGACAGUUCUGCCGACUGUCGAGGGAGUGCUAUUCGAAGCGCUGAGCCAUACUCGGCUGAUCGACCCAGCGGCAGGCUUCGAGGAUUGUGGAUGGGAGAAGUGCGGACGGACGGAUAAAGGCGUCAGCGCGGCCGGGCAGGUGGUGAGUUUUUGGGUGAGGAGUGCGCUGGGUGAUGUGCAAAAGCCAGAAGAAGAACUGUUGAUCACCGAGACAGACGUAGAGAGAGAUGGGAAGCAAAACGAGGCGCAACCUACAGAGGACGUGGAUGAAGGACCUGGUCUUGAAGGUGACUUUGCCCUCAUGGCCGACUGGGACGAGCCUCCUACCAACUCAUCAAGACCGCCACCGGCGAAACCCACGAGAGAGUUCUCUUAUAUUUCAUCCUUGAAUAAUGUCCUUCCGCCGACCAUCCGUGUCAUCGCAUGGUCGCCUGUCACGCCCGACUUCUCUGCACGCUUCUCAUGCCGCUAUCGACAUUACAAGUACUUCUUCAAUCCGCAAGGGCUCGACCUUGCUGCUAUGCAAGACGCCGCAUCGCGCCUCGUCGGCGAGCACGAUUUCCGCAAUAUCUGCAAGGUUGAUGCAUCGAAGCAGCUCACCAUCUUCACUCGACGGAUCCUCUCGGCAGACAUCAAUCCUGCCGAUAAUGGAGUGUAUGUCCUAGACCUGAUCGGUAACGCAUUCCUGUACAAUCAGGUGCGGCAUAUCAUGGCAGUCCUCUUCCUAGUCGGCACAGGGCUUGAGCGGCCCUCAGUGAUCGACGCUCUACUCAAUGUCGAUCCCGAAGCUCCCCGUGGGUCCAGCAGGGAGAGCGAGGGCACCCCGCCAGUCGUGCGGGGCAAGCCUGAGUAUCAGAUGGCUGAUCCGCUCCCUCUGAUGCUGUGGGAGUGCGGGUACGAUGCGGACGCAGUCUCAUGGCGCACAGACGAAGACCACGAAGCGAAUGCGGUGCUCAGCCAGCGAGAUAUCUCAAACAACCUCUAUCAGGGCAUGCAGUCACUGCACGAGAAGUCAUUGAUCCAUACGGUGCUGGAUACGCACUUCCUGCGCGCCACGGCGAAGCAUCACAGGCCGCCGCCACAGUACUUCCCUGUUGGCCAUCCUGAUGUGCAGCUCGUACCGAAAGGGAGCAUUCUGAGCAUCCCGCUUGGUGCAGGGACGUUCCGGAGGGGCGCGAAGUACGUGCCGCUGGUUGAACGGCCGAGGGGGGAUCUGGUCGAGGUGAUAAAUGAGAGAUGGAGGAAGGGCAAGGGGGCGAGGCAGAUGGAGCGGGAAGCGCUGGCUGCGAAGGUGGACGAGGAGGAAUAGUAGCCUUCACUUACCUGGAUCUUCCGUCGUGAAGAUCGAUUGAGCGGGUUAUUGUGCUGCUCCUUCGUGCUAGUCAUUACGACAGAGCAAGAGUAAUGAUGAUUCAUCCGGUAACAGUUGUGCUUCACAGGGCCGCUACGGUCUUUGAAACUGCAGCGACUCAGGCCCGUCUCCUCGAGGCUCACCAUUGUGCGUUACCGUCUACCUUGAAUGUAGAUCUGUCGCCAAUGUCGAUCUCUCGUUAGCAUAUUUAUGUACGUGAUGGAGGAG